UUUCUGGGUUUUUGAAGCUCUGCAGUUUAUUUAUUUCUGCUUCUGACUCUUGAGUCCUGAACUUAGAGCUCCAAAGGCUCCAUGGAAGCUCAGCUCCAAUCAGCGUCCGGCUGCGUGUCACGUGCUUCUCUUGUUUACUACACGGUAGGAAAAAUCACCGUGGACUGGCGGGAAAACCAGAACCGGAUCAGAACCCGGAAUCAGGAGCAGUGAUCGUCCAGAAUUCUGUUCUGCAGUUUGAAAAACAAACUUUAUUGUCAUAAAUGAGAAAUAAAUGAUGAUCCAUGCUGUUACCAUGGUAACAGAAGUUCAUACCUUCAGAUCCUCUGACUGUCUGCAGCUGUUUCCACUCUUCCUCCCAUAGCAGGCUGGCUUUGUUCCAGUCCAGUUUGAUCCGGUCCGGGUUCUGGUGGUUACCAUUAUCCCCCCCCAACAUACACACACACUCACACACAUAGAGUCAGUGUGUGUCUCAGUGAGCAGCAGAGGAGUCCUGAAGCUGCAGCAGCUCCUGUUUGUUCUCCAGGUUCUGCAGACGGCGAGGGGAAAACGAAGACGUUUGGAGCCGAUCAUCGCAGGAGAACAUGUAGAAGAAACACCUGGGAGAGAUCGACUGGAUUUGACCUGCAGAUAUCAGGCAGUUUUUAUACACUGUAAAAACUGAUCUAAAGAGUGGGAACAACCUGAAAGGCCGUCAGAGUUUAAUGAAGAGAGUACAGCUGCUGCCGCGUCUCCCCUGCCCACAUGAUGCCCAACACCCGUCUGGGAAAACGCUCGCCUUUAGGAGCGCUGGUGGGCCCGCCCUGCCCGGAGGCGAACAGGACCAGCAUCGCUAUGGCAACAGUGGCAGGACAACAAGGCAUUGGCAGAGUCAGAGGUCACAACGAUCUGAAGGUGUACUUUCAGUGUGGCGGAGCAGGUUACUGUCAGACGGACGCCGCAGACCGGUCUGCAUCCUCGGUGUCUCCGUCUUUUGUCCGAUCCAUCUCCUCCUGCAUCGACGUCCCCAGAAGUCGCACGGCUCAGCAGGAGGUGGACAUGGAUGAGCUGAUGGCAGCCAUGGUCCUCAGCAGCCUGUCCUGCAGUCCUCCGCCCCCGUCCCAGGUCCCCGUCCAUAAAGAAACCCCAGCUCCUUCCAUGGACCUCGCCGCCAUGGACAUCUCGGACAGCUGCAGCAGUGGCUACUGGAGCGUCGACCGCGGUCCAAGAAGCCCCGCCCCUUCCUCUCCGACAAUAGAAGCAAACGGCAGGUUGGCCACGCCCACUGAUGAGGGCUUGGACAUGGAGCUGGACCAGGUUCUUUUUGAAGAACCGGCACCAAGAAAACGCAGGAACUCGCUGAAGGUGGCGUACAGGUGUCUGUGGCCGAGCUGCGCCAAGGUGCUGACGUCGCUGGUGGGAAUCAAACGCCACAUCAGGACGGUACACCUUAGCCAUGGUGGUGAACAUGAACGAUGCUCUCGAAGCGAGGAAGACUUUUACUAUUCCGAGAUCAACCAAAGGGACGAGUCUCCCCCUGCUGCUCCCCCAUGUGGCCCCGCCCCUUUCUCACCUAGCACCUCCCCUCCCUCUCCUCCCCCACCCUCCCCUCCCUCUCCUCCCAACCCCAACUGCAGCACUUUGAGCCAGUCCGCCCCCUCCCCCUGCAGCAGCUCCUGGCAGGUCCAAUCAGAGCACUCCUACCAGGCUCCGCCCCCAAGCCUCAUGGUUCUGCCUGCAGCCCCUACUUCCUGUCCCCUGACAGCCCCGCCCACCACAUGCAGCAGACAGGCGUUCCGGGUCCGAUCGGUCAGCGUGGGAGAGCAGUGGCUGCAGCAUCACAGCGCCCCCUGCAGGAGGAUUCGAAGUGAGGCCAAGAAGUGUCGGAAGGUUUACGGCAUCGAGCACCGGGAGCUGUGGUGCACGGCGUGCCGCUGGAAGAAGGCCUGCCAGCGCUUCCAGGACUGAGGCCGGGCCGCCUCAGCGUGGCCCUCAGCGGGCGGGCGGACCCGCGGUGACGAUGGCGGUUUAAAACCAACCCUGUCCAGGCUGCUGAGGGUCUGCAUCGUCUGGACCAAUGAGGACGAAGAUUGUCUCCUUUAUUUUCAGUCGCUGCCAUUAAAGCAGCAGAACGAGGAGGAACGCCUGCAUGAAGGAGACGCGCCGAUUGUUAUUCCAGCCUCAGUUUGUUACGAUUCAGCAGAAGAAGAAAAUAAAUCGCUCAUUA